AUGGCUAGUGAGGAGAGUUUCCUAGUUGUGGUACAUUACAGAGGGUCGAUUAAGAGAAAAACUCGGUCCGGCGUGAAGUUCACUGAUAAGGAUCCCCUAUGUAUUAUCGUGACGCCAACAACUACCUACGAUGCUCUUGUUAGCUCCGUGCUGGAGAAGUUUGGUCUUGAAGGAGUUAAAAGGGUCAAGAAGUUUUUCUACCGCAUUCCAACAGCGGUGCUCCAUGACACCGUGAAGUUUGAUUAUUUCACAAUCGGUAGUGAGGAGGACUUGCAGGUUAUGUUUCUUUCUCGUAGGCAGUUUCCCGAGGUAAGAACACCAGAGCUGUUGGCAAAGUUGGUUGAUGUGGUAUCUAGCUCGGGUGGUUCGAACCGGAAUGCCAAUACUAUAGCCGCGGUUGCCGGCUCGAGCUCGAGACCUGCUAUUGCUUCAUCCUCUGCUCCUGUGUAUGGGCCACCGAUGCAGCCUGUUGCGUCCCCUUCGUUUGCCGUUGAUCUGAGCGGCAAUGUUGGAGACGAGGUUCGGUAUGGGGAACAUAUUCCCACCGAGGUACACUAUCCCACACCGGCUGGUGUUGGUGAUGGUUUGUUUGAUGAUCCAGAUGACGAUGACGUUGAGCCGGAUAUGAUCGCUGAUGAAAGCGGCGAUGAUGUUGGAACUACUGUUCCGAGAAGGGCUACAGGUGGAUCUAGUUCUGGCACACAGCAGUAUCCACCCCAUUUUUCCUCGUUGGACCUGGAUGCCAUGCGGCAGGACGAAAACGCUCUGCAGCCCUCAGGAUUUGGCGCUAGAGAUACCGAGGGGUCUGCCGGUAUGAACGAGUUCCAGGUUGGCCAACAAUUUCAGGAUAAAGAUGAGGCGCUGUUGAGUGUGAAGACGUACAGUAUCUGCCGAGGGGUCCAGUACAAGGUCGUUGAGUCUGACUACCGCAGGUAUGUGGGAAAGUGUUAUGAGUUUGGGAAUGGGUGCACAUGGCUAAUUCGGUUGAGUCUCCGACAGCGGAAGGGUAUCUGGGAAGUGAAGCGAUACAACGGACCGCAUACAUGUCUUGCCAGCUCCAUCUCCAGCGACCAUAGGAGUCUGGACUACCAUGUCAUAUCCACCUUCAUUACGCCGUCACACUUUGGGUUCAGGCCUACGUACAGGAGGGUAUGGAUGGCAAAGCAGAAGGCCGUUGCCGUCAUAUAUGGGGACUGGGACGAGUCGUACAAUGAGCUCCCUAGGUGGGUUUUAGGAGUUCAGCUGACGAUGCCUGCCACUGUAGCCGUCCUCAGGACUUGCCCUGUUCGAGUUGGGGGACAGGUUGACGAGUCUCAGGUUUAUUUUCAUAGGCUGUUCUGGACUUUCCCCCCUUGUAUCCAGGCAUUCCCUCAUUGCAAGCCUUUGGUGAGUAUUGAUGGCACCCAUCUAUAUGGGAAGUAUGGGGGAACACUGCUAGUCGCCAUUGCACAGGACGGAAACUCGAACAUCCUCCCCGUGGCAUUUGCACUAGUUGAGGGUGAGAAUGCUGAGUCAUGGUCUUUCUUUCUUUCCCACCUCCGUGAGCACGUGACACCUCAGCCGGGUCUGUUAGUUAUUUCAGAUAGGCAUAACGGCAUCAAGGCAGCCCUCGAGGCUCCGGAUGGGGGAUGGCUACACCCUGCUGCGUACCGGGCGUUCUGCAUUCGACACGUUGCAGCGAAUUUUGCCUUGACGUUCAAGGGAAAAGAUGCCCGGAGGCUUCUUGUUAACGCCGCAUAUGCCAAGACCGAGGUGGAGUUCGACUACUGGUUUGACAUUCUGCGCUCUGAGAAUCCGGCAAUGUGUGACUGGGCGAACCGAAUCGAGUAUUCGUUGUGGACACAGUACUGUGAUGAAGGUCGGAGAUUCGGGCACAUGACGACCAAUAUUUCGGAAUGUGUCAACUCAAUCCUGAAGGGGGUAAGAAACCUCCCUGUUUGCUCGCUGGUGAAGGCCACAUACGGAAGGCUAGCUGAGCUAUUUGUCCGUAAGGGUAGGGAGGCCGAGGCUCAGAUGGGUACUGGACAACAAUACAGUCAAUACCUAGUAAAGUGUAUCGAGGCCAACCUGAGGACAGCCAGGUGCUUCACGGUGACUGUUUACGACAGGGAUAACUCAGAGUACACCGUUGCUGAGACGACUCCGACAGGUUCAUUCUCUCUUGGUACGUACAGGGUCUCGUUAGGGUCUAAGACUUGUGAUUGUGGAUACUUCCAAGCACUACAUUUUCCCUGUCCGCACACACUGGCAUGCUGUGCUUAUUCACGACUUACAUGGCAGCCUUACGUCCACGAGGUCUAUCGCCUGAGUUCUGUCUUCGGUGUCUUUCAGAUGGGAUUUACACCUCCCAUUCCAGAGGGUUUCUGGCCACCUUACGCCGGACCUACCGUUAUACCGGAUCCGAGUAUGAGGCGUGCGAGGGAGGGUCGUCCUAGAUCCACAAGAAUUCGCACCAACAUGGGUGAAGCAGAUCCUAACCGGCCAAAGAGAUGUGGCCUCUGCAGGCAGCCAGGUCACACCAGGCGUAGUUGUCCACAAGCCGCAGGCCCCAGCGGGACUGCUGGAAAUCAGUAA